AUGUCUUCUCAUCCUCGGCUUCAAAACAAAUGGGUUAUUGAGGGCCAAGAGAAGGGUCUUGAUGAAUACAAAUUUAUCCAAGGGCCCAUUCCAGCCGUCGGUGACUAUGGAGUCUUGGGGACCUAUAUAUUCAACCUGCACCUCCCUGUUGUCGGCGGUUCUGACGGAGCUGGCGAGGUCGUUCAAGUUGGUGCCAAAGUGACGAAAUGGAAGAAAGGUGACAGAGUCACGACUCUUUUUAACCCGGGCCACCAAUCUGGCCCCAUGACGAGAGCUAUAAUGCAGAAGGGGAGCAUUGGCGGUUCUUUUGAUGGAACCUUUCAGCAGUACGGAGUAUACGAGGAGACAUGGCUGGUUCGCCUCGCGUCCAAUUUAUCCUACCUCGAGGGUGCCUCACUGUCUGAUUGCGGAGUGACAGCCUGGAAUGCCCUCUAUGGACUUAAGGCAAUCAAGCCAGGCGAAUGGGUUCUGAUUCAGGGCACUGGCGGCCUUAGCCUACUUGCCAUUCAGUUUGCCAAAGCUGGCGGUGCCAAGGUUGUUGCUACAACAUCAUCGCCUGACAAGUCCGAGUUACUGAGUAGCCUUGGUGCUGACCACAUCAUCAAUUACGUGAAGGACAGAAAUUGGGGACUGACAGCACGGAGCUUCACACCCGAUGAAGAAGGAUUUGACCAUAUACUCGACGUUGGUGGGCCUGAAACCUUGUCACACAGCGUGAAAGCGAUCAAGCAUGAAGGUAUUGUCACUGUCAUUGGAAUCUUGACCGGCGUUGAACCAGGAGACGCCAGUAUUCUGGAUGCUUUGCUGAACAUUUGUACUUUCCGCGGCAUCCAUAUCGGCUCCAGGGACCAGAUGGAGGAGAUGAUGGCGGCAAUUGAAGCCAACAGCAUUCAGCCCAUCCUCGACAAGAGAGUUUUCAAGCUGGAGGAGCUACGGGAAGGCCUGGAGUACAUGGAAGCUCGAAAGCAUGUUGGAAAAGUCGUUAUUCAGAUCGAUUAA